AUGACGGCUUCGGGUGUGAGAAACAAUGGCACGCGGGUGGCGGUCAAGCGAGAAGGCGGCGGCGACGAGAAGCGGUUCUCUUCGGCGACGCCAAAUGGCUUCAAGGACGACUCGCUCUCGCCCAGCAUGUCGCCCGACCACAAGGCCGGCUCGCUCGACAACGCGUCGAUGCCGGACACGGGGCCGGCGGCCAAGCUCAGCCGCAAGCCGUCGUCGUUGGCGCAAAAGGCAGCAGCAGCAGCGGCUUCUCCUCGUGUGCUCUUUGAUCACCUGCCCGAUGCCACGGCCGAGGCCAAGGACCAGUUCCAGGUGAUCACCGACUGUCUGUACGGGUCCAAGCACAUGGGAUCGUCGGAGCACGACGCUUUUGAGUGUGACUGUGCAGCAGAGUGGCACGAUGGCCAGAACUUGGCCUGCGGCGAAGACAGCGAUUGCAUCAACCGGGCGACUAAGAUGGAGUGCGUACGCGGCGACUGCAACUGUGGCGAGACGUGCCAGAACCAGCGAUUCCAACGAAAGCAGUAUGCGGCCGUGUCGGUGAUCAAGACGGCCAAAAAGGGCUUUGGGCUGCGGGCGGACGUGGCGCUGCGGGCCAACGACUUUGUGUACGAGUACAUUGGCGAGGUGAUCAACGAGCCGGCCUUCCGGCGACGCAUGUUGCAGUACGACGAGGAGGGCAUCCGGCACUUUUACUUCAUGUCGCUGACGAAGCACGAGUUUGUCGACGCCACGCGCAAGGGCAAUCUGGGCCGGUUCUGCAACCACUCGUGCCGGCCGAACUGUUAUGUGGACAAGUGGGUCGUCGGCGAGAAGCUGCGGAUGGGCAUCUUUGCUAGCCGGGCGAUCGCUGCCGGCGAGGAGCUCGUGUUCGACUACAACGUCGACCGGUACGGCGCCGAGCCGCAGCCGUGCUACUGUGGCGAGCCCAACUGCAGCGGCUUCAUCGGUGGCAAGACGCAGACGGAGCGGGCGACGAAGCUGUCGGCAGCCACGAUCGAGGCACUCGGCAUCGACGAUCCCGACAGCUGGGAGGUGGCAGCAACAGCAGCCGCCGCCGCAACAGGAGCGCAUCACGUGACCGGCCACAAGCCGUCGCGGCCACCACGCCGCAAGCGGGCCAACGAGGACGACGAGGAGUAUGUCGGAAGCCUGCAGCAGAGCGGCCUGGCCGAGGACGGCGUGACCAAGGUGAUGGCGGCCCUGAUGCAGUGCAAGGAGAGGUGGAUCGCAGUCAAGCUGCUGGCCCGCAUCCAGGCAGCCGGCGACGACGAGCGCGUCCUGCAGCGGGUCACGCGCAUGCACGGCUACCAGAUUCUCAGCGCCAUCCUGACAGCCUUCCGGACGGACGACAACGUGGUGCUGCAGGUGCUCGACGUGCUCGACCGCCUGCCGCGCCUGACUAAGAACAAGAUUUCGGACUCGAACAUCGAGUCGGUCAUCGAGAGUCUCACGUCGGCCGUCCACGAGGACGUCGCGGCUGCGGCCCGACGUCUGCUCGACGCCUGGAGCAAGCUUGAGACCGCGUACCGGAUCCCGCGCAAGAAGGUCGAUCCCCAUGCGGCGGUCGGAACGCGUGCGCGCAGCGGCCGUGCCAGCAGCCUUGACGACGACGACAGCAGCAGCAGUGGACCCGCUCGCCAAACCCAGCCACAGACACAGCCACAGUCGCAGCCACAGCGCAACCUAUCGCCAUUCCAUGGCAUGGCCGUUCCCAAAGGUCCGCGCAGCCAUAUCCCCCAGCGGAACGCCAACUUUUACAACAACGGCAACGGCAACGGCAACGGAAACACGGCGACGCCGCGGAACGCCCGCCGCCCGCUGCAGGGCCCGUCGUCGGCGACACCGACUUCAGGCCUGCCAGGGCUGCCGUCCGGCUGGUUCGAGGCCAAGGACCCCAACGGCACGACGUACUAUUAUGCGACGGGCCGCGCGGCCACCUGGAAGCGACCGACGCAGCCGGCCGACAAGGCGCCGUCCAAGGCGCAGCAGAAGAGCGAUGCCGUGCAGGAGAUCAUCAACAGCAUCGUCAAGGAGGACACGCCACGACCAUCGGCAGGUCACACACCUCUUGCGGCAACGACCAAGGCAGCAACACCUGUGGCUGAGCCGAAAAAGGACCGGUGGCGGUCGUAUCCGAUCGAGAAGCAGAUGAGGAUCUACGAGAACACGCUCUCGCCGCACAUCAGGAGUGUGUCGGACCGAUACCGUCAUCGGCUACCCAAGGACGAGUUGAAGAAGCUGGCCAAGGACAUUAGCAAGAAGCUGGUGGCCUCCGACUACAAGAACAACCGGGUGGAAGAUCCGACCGCGAUCUCGCCGCGGGUCGAGAAGAAGGUCAAGACAUACGUGCGCGACUUUUUCGACCGUGCCGUCACCAAGUACGGCGAGCACGAGCGGAAGAGGGCCGAGCGCGAGGCGCGCCAUGUGGCGACGACGGCAGCCGCAGGUGCAGCCGUGGCUGUCGAGGAGGAUGAGGACGGUGAUGUCGUGAUGGCCGACAGUCCAGGGGAGGACCGGGAGGAGGAGGAGGAGGAGGAUGCAGCGACAGCAGCGGCGGUAGCAGCAGCAGCAGCCCGGGACAAGGAUGCAGCAGUUGUGGCAGCGGCCCUGGCCGUGGCAGCGGCCGUGGCAGCGGCCAACGGAAUCGUCGGGGUGGUGCCGGCCUUGCCGACAAGACCGGCUGACAGCAACAAGGAGCGGGAAGAGGACCAGGCGACGGCGUCACCCGACGGCUCGCCGUCGGGCCGCAAGCGGAAGCGCACCAGCAGCGACGUCCAGCAGCGAGACAGUCACGACGAGACCGACGAGCCGGCAGAGGGACAGCCGGCAUCGUCGUCGGGCUCGCCGGCCGAGACACCGCCGUCGCUGCACAAGCGGCUUCGUGAGGACGACGUGGACGUGGACGUGGACCUCCGGCAGAUGCGCGAGCAGGAGGAAGAGCUGAUGCGGGAGAACGAGGAGGCCAUGCGGGCGUUUGAGCAGGAAAAGGGGCAGCAGGAAGAAACCGGCCAGACGGGCCAGACAGAACAAAAGGAACAACCCGGGCUCGUCCUCACGACCAACGGCGUCUCGACGCUCGACAGCAGCAACGGCAGCAGCCUCGAACAGCUGCAGCGCGAGACUCAGCCACGAAAGCGAGAGGUCGUCGGUCACUAG